UGUACCCCCGUCCUCCUCAAAUAUUUACUAAAUUUACCCUUGACAUUUUCCUUUCUCUUUCUGUCUCCGAUUUUCGCCCAAGGGAUCUAUCUGCCAUGAAAGAUUCCAUCAACGAGGUUCCAUUCUCAGUCCGUACCUUUCUACUUCUUCAACAUUUCGAACCCAACUCACUUCCAACUCAAAAAGCUGUCUCCCAUUAUUAGAAACACCAGGAUUUUUCAUAUAUACACACACACUCAUAUAUAUAUAUUAGAUAUAUAUAUAUACAUAUAGAGACAUAUACUGUAAACUAUUAAAGAAGAUGAUUGAAUUGAGAGAAGAAGGGUCUUGCUUACCGAGGCUUUUGAUGGGUGUUAAUGUUGCUCUUGCUCUUGUUGAUGUUUCUAUUGCGGUUGUUUCAUUUGCUCAGUUAUUCAGGAUUCACUCCAGGAACAUACACAGCGGGUGGACUCGCCAAAAAGUGUUUCAUCUGAUGAUUGGUUCUUCUAAUAUGGGUUACUUUCUAUAUUUUUUAUUAAGUCUUAUUUCUGCUUGUGAGGGUUGGCGAUGUUGGUCACACUCUUGUGGCUUUAUUUUCAUGGCUUUCCCAAAUGUUCUAUUUUUUGCAGCGUUUCUUCUUCUUUUAUCAUUCUGGGUUGAUCUCUGCCAUCAGUCAGAUGAUGAAGAUGAGGAGGAUGAAGAAAGCAGUGCUGAGGAAUCUUUGCUAGAGAAGACAUUUAAUGAACGGAAUUCAUUAAAUGCAGAUAAUCAUAAUCACAGAAGAUGUUUACCUUUCCGGUUGGUUCAUGUUCGAAGUCGCCAGAAAAUUGUUAUUUUGGCAACUCUUCUAGUUAUUGUAAUAAUGUUGGCAUGUGCUGUUAUAAUCUGGAUUGGGAUGGGAAAAAACCCUAUUGAUUCUGCAGUGGUGGCUCGGGUAUAUGUAGAGGUUUUUGCAGGAGCAAUGCUUUUAUUAGCUGGAGCACUAGCUUGUUAUGGAAUAUUACUAUGCCUGAAAAUGAGCAAAGUCAGAACUGAAAGAGCUUCUUCAGAGCUUUGGAAGGUUGCGGGUUUAGCUGUUGUUUGUGUUAUAUGUUUCACCUCUAAUGCUUUUGUGGCUUUGUUAACUGACAUUCCUAUGCUUUAUCACUGGCAUGACCAGGAAGUGAAUGGUGGUUGUAUAUCUCUUCUAAUUGUGUAUUACUUUGUAGGUUCAUCAAUCCCCUCAGCCUUUUUAUUAUGGGUAAUGAGAGAAGUACCACCAUUAAUAACAGCUUAUGUACAACAAGAAUCAGCUACAUUAACUUUCGUAAGUGAUAGUACAGCAGCAAUACCAAAUCCUCAGCACUGGACGACUGCGCCAAGUGUGAGAAAUCAGAUAUCAAGAGCAAGUCCUAUAUAACUCGACGUCUAUAUAUGCAUAUCAAGUUGUGUUUUUUUUGGCCCCAAAAGGUGAUAUAUGGCCUACAUAUGUGGGCACUGGAUUUGGUGAACAAUCUUUGGUGAGAUCAGUGUCACAGCUUGAGGGACUUGGAUGAUGAUGAGAAAGAAAAAGGCUGCCACUGCUGCUGCUUCUGAGUCACACACAAAUCCUUAACAGGCAGUUGGACUUUAGCCGUAAGGUUGCCAAUGCCAUGGUUUUUUUUUUUUAACUUUUAACACUUUAUGCAUUGUACAUAAGAACAAGUUGCACAAUGAGAAAUCUUCUAACUUUAUAAAAAGAUUUCUGGCUGUUGCGAAAUUUUUUUGUUGGUGAAUAUUUGUUUGUGUUUAGAAAUGAGAGAAACAUAGUAUGUGAAUCCUUUUUAUAUGUUGGACAUAAUAACUUUUGAGACAAUUUUCGUUUUCAUUAGUAAUGAAGCUUGACAUGUUUGGUAA